AUGGCUGAAGCAAGAGGUGCCGCCUCGCUGGCGAGUGACGACACAGCAGCGGCGCCACACACAUUAGCACAAGCAGAGACUGCGUCGUCGAAAUCGAGCAGCGCACUCGACAAAGAGACGGAAGCCGAAAAGGAGACUAGCCAAGAUGACGAAAGAGACGAGGACAAACGCCGUGCACAAGAAAUACGCGACCAGGAACUCGAGCAGCAGGCCGUCGACGAAGGCCACGACGCCGACAUCCCCUCGAGCAUAGGCUAUGUCCUGGACGAGCGUGGCGAGGCGAAGCGCCGCAAGUCGAUUGCCGACCGGAGCCGCCCGACGACAGCCAAGGGCGCAUCCAAAGAGACGGCAACAGCUGUUGCUGACGCGGACGUGGAAAAGGGCUUGGCCGGUGACGCAAAGCCAGACGGCGACGCAAGCGGACAAGACGAAGAACAAGAACACGACCCGAACGUGGUCUGGUGGGACGGCCCCGACGACCCUCAGAAUCCCUUCAACUGGCCCACCUGGCACAAGGCGCUCAACUGCACGCUCAUCAGCGCGCUCACAUUCGUCACGCCGCUCGCGUCGUCCAUCUUUGCGCCGGGCGUGCCGGCCCUCAUGGCCGAGUUCCACAGCGACAGCAACGAGCUGGCCGCCUUUGUCGUGUCCGUGUACGUGCUGGGCUUUGCCUUUGGCCCGCUGCUGAUUGCGCCGCUGUCGGAGAUUUACGGGCGCAACAUUGUCUACCACGUCUGCAACGUGUGCUUCAUUGCCUUUGUGGUCGGCUGCGCGCUGGCGCCGUCGCUCAACACCCUGAUUGCAUUCCGCUUUCUUUCCGGCGUCUUUGGCUCGUGCCCGCUCACCAACGGCGGCGGCUCCAUUGCCGACAUGGUCUCCCAAGAGCACCGCGGCGCCGCCAUGGCCAGCUUCGCCGUCGGCCCGCUGCUGGGCCCCAUCAUCGGCCCCGUGGCCGGCGGGUUCCUGGCGAGUGCCAAGGGCUGGCGCUGGGUGUUUUGGCUGCUUGUCAUACUCUCGGGCUUUCUGUCGGUCGUCUUCUUCUUCUCCAUGCGCGAGACGUACGCGCCGCUGCUGCUCGAGCGCAAGGCCCGCCGUCUGCGCAAGGAGACGGGCAACCCGCUGCUGCGCAGCAAGCUCGAUGCCGGGCUCACGUCGGCAGACUACUUUCAGCGCGGCAUCUUCCGCCCGCUCAAGAUGCUGGCCUUUUCGCCGAUUGUGCUCAUCUUUGCGCUGUACAUGGCCGUCGUCUAUGGGUACCUGUACCUCAUGUUUACGUCCGUCACCGAAGUCUUCCAGUCCACCUACGGCUUCGGCACCAACACGGUCGGUCUCGUGUAUCUGGGCCUCGGCGUGGGCUCCAUGGCCGGCAUGGUCUUUUUCAGCGCCAUGUCCGACCGCUAUACGCGGCGCAUGGCCGCCAAGGAGGGCCAGGGCAUGAAGCCCGAGUACCGCCUGCAGAUGCUGCCCCUGGCGGCCGUUCUGCUGCCCAUCGGUUUCUUCAUUUACGGCUGGACCGCCGAGUACCACAAGCACUGGAUCGCGCCCAUUCUGGGCAUGGUCGUCAUUGGCUUUGCCAACCUGGUCAUCUUUAUGAGCCUGCAGCUGUACCUGGUGGACGCCUUCACCAUCUACGCCGCCUCCGCCCUCGCCGCCAACACGGUUGUGCGCUCCAUCGCCGGUGCCGUGUUGCCGCUGGCCGGCCUGCAAAUGUACGCCAAACUGGGCCUGGGAUGGGGCAACAGUCUGCUGGGGUUCAUUGCCCUGGCUCUGGUGCCGGCGCCGUUCUUCAUCAACAAGUACGGCGAGUACCUGCGCAAGCGCUUUGAGAUUAAGGACUUGUAG